UUUAGAUUUUACAAAGAAGUCAGUUAACAUUUUUCAAUACUCCCUUCUUUGUCUUAAAGAAAGCUCUGGUUUUGUUUCAUUUUCAUCUGGAGACUUAAAUGACACCAAGCAAAACCUACUUAGUUUAGAUUUCCAGGAAUCAAAUGGUGAAAAAGAAAGCAUGAAGUUUUCAAGCUUGUAUUGCUUUCUUCUGCUUCUCAUUUUUCAAACUGACUUUGGACAAAAUGAAGAAACUUCUAGGAGGCAAAGAAGGAAGAUGUAUUAUAGAAGACUGAGAAAAAGUUCCUUGCCCACCCACAGAUCUGUUAGACAGCUUGGAAUUCAUCAGAUGAAGACAGUUACACCUGCAGCAAAACUUCCCAUAAUUAACUUGGAUUACAGUAUGGAGGAAAAAUUUGAAUCUUUUUUAAGUGUUCCUGGAGUAGAAUCAAGCUAUAAUGUGUUACCAGGAAAGAAAGGACACUGUUUGGCAAAUGGGAUGAUCAUGUAUAACAAAGCUGUGUGGUCUCCGGAGCCCUGUACUACCUGCCUCUGCUUGAAUGGAAAAGUCCUUUGUGAUGAGACCAAGUGCCACCCUCAGAUGUGCCCCCAAACACUUAUACCUGAAGGAGAAUGCUGCCCUGUCUGCUCUGAUACUGUAGACUCCUAUUUGCUACUCAGUGGUACAGCAUUAAAUGAUAGAACUGAAUUUUCUGGUGAUUCUUCAGAACAAGGAGAACCUACCAAUUUACCUCAUAAGCAAGAGUCACCUCCUUGGGUGGAAAUGAAUCGAGCACUGGGAAAAGAGGAACUUCAAUUUGAGGAGGAUGAAGAAGAAGUCAAACAAGAAGAAAAUAGGGAGCAAAAGAAAAAGACUUCUAGACGUGGAGACUGGGGGAGUCCUCCCAAUGAGGGACAGAACAGGGAAGGGAGAGAGCAGAGGCCUGGAGAGGAGGUGAGGCAGGCCCAUCAACACAGAAACCCAGCAAGGGAGAAUGAGGAGGACAGUGAAGAUGAGGAGGAAGACGAUGAAGACGAGGAGGAAGAUGAGGAUGAGACCGUCAGAGGAGACACGUUCAGGAUGCCCCCUCGACUCCCAAUCCCGGCGACCCCCAGAGGCACACCGUCUCUGCCAAGCAGGUGCUCUUUGUCCUACAAAACCAUCUCCUGUAUCAGCGCUGACCUCACACAAAUACCACCGCUAACAGCACCAGAGAUAACAAGUCUGGAGCUCAUAGGCAAUUCCAUCACCUCCAUUCCGGAUGAAGCAUUUAACGGAUUACCGAAUUUGGAAAGGCUUGAUCUGAGCAAAAAUAAUAUCACCUCUUCAGGCAUAGGUCCGAAAGCAUUCAAGUUUCUAAAGAAUUUAAUACGCUUAAAUAUGGAUGGAAACAAUUUGGUAACGAUUCCUUCAGAACUACCAUCUACAUUAGAAGAACUCAAAGUCAAUGAGAACAAGCUGCAGGUUAUUGAUGAAGAAAGUUUAUCAGACUUAAAUCAACUGGUCACUUUAGAAUUGGAAGGAAACAAUCUCAGUGAAACCAAUGUCAAUUCCUUAGCUUUCAAACCUUUGAAGAGCCUAUCCUACCUGCGUCUGGGAAGAAAUAAAUUUAGAAUUAUACCACAGGGUCUUCCUGCUUCUAUUGAGGAAUUAUACCUAGAAAAUAACCAAAUUGAAGAAAUAACUGAAAUUUCUUUUAAUCAUACCAGAAAGAUCAAUGUCAUUGGAUUACGUUAUAAUAAAAUUGAAGAAAACAGAAUUGCUCCUUUAGCCUGGAUAAAUCAAGAAAAUCUAGAAUCAAUAGACCUCUCCUACAACAAGCUCUACCAUGUCCCCUCCUAUCUACCCAAGUCGCUGCUGCACCUCGUACUCAUUGGGAACCAGAUCGAACGCAUCCCUGGCUAUGUGUUUGGUCACAUGGAACCAGGCCUGGAAUACCUGUACCUGUCAUUUAAUAAGCUUGUGGAUGAUGGCAUAGACCGAGUCUCCUUCUAUGGAGCUUACCAUUCUCUGCGAGAGCUGUUUCUGGAUCAUAAUGAAUUAAAAUCUAUACCACCUGGGGUACAAGAAAUGAAAGCACUACAUUUCCUGAGACUGAACAACAACAAGAUAAGGAAUAUUCUUCCAGAACAAAUUUGCAAUGCUGAAGAAGAUGAUGAUUCGACCCUGGAACAUCUUCAUCUUGAAAACAACUACAUUAAAACAAGAGAAAUAUCAUCCUAUGCAUUUUCAUGCAUAAGAUCAUAUUCAAGUAUUGUUCUUAAACCACAAAAUAUCAAGUAACUCCAAGUUUUUGUCACUUGUAAAUAAUACUCAUAUAUCUGAUUUAGUAGCAUUUUCCUCAAUAAGAGAUAUAAUGUCAUAUUAAAAUGUCAUUAUGCUAGUCAACCUGAUUCACCACUGCACAGGACAACUAAACACAUAUGUACAAGGUUUAGUCUUUAACAGUUUUAGUGAAGCUCUCAGUUUCACACUCUAGAAACAAGCCAUCUUGUUGCAAACCUUUCUCACAAGAAUAGGAUGCUGUGUGCUGCUGAAGUAGACGGGAGAGAAUCUGCAAAUAAAUACGCCCUUUACAACAGACCACAGAAUUUCUAUUAGCUAAGAACUCCCUAAGUCUCUUAAAAAAGUAUGUGUGUUAUGGUUCAAGACCAAGAAGUGGAUGGCUGGAAAAAAUAAUAGCUAGAAUUUAUGAACUAAUGUUCUGUUUAUUAUUCUGUUAAAGCAAAAAUUUAUUAAUUUUCUAUAAGUAAUUAAGACCCUAUAAUACAAUUAUUGAUAUAAAUAAACUUAAUCAUUGGCUUAGCUUUAGUUCCUUCUAUUAAUUAGAUGAAUAGAAUUAAAAUAUAAUUACUAUAAAGUUAAUUUCCUGGUCUUGAGAAUUAUACUAUGGUUAAGUAUGUGCUUAUUAACAUUAGGGAAAGCUGGGAGAAGGGUAUAUGUGAAUUCUGUAUGAUUUUUGUAAUUUCUCUGUAAGUCUAAAAAGUUUAACAGUAUUUUAAGAUCACCCUCAUAAUUAUUUGCUCAAUCAAAAGAUUUAUGGAAAGCAGCGGAGUUUGCUUAAAAUAUAAGUUAACUACCCUUGACUAAACCUUGUAAAUAUAAACCUAAUGCAUACAUUUAAAAAACUUUUGCCUCUCUGGUCAUUGUUAACAUCUCUUAUCUUUGACCUAAUUUGCUCAAAUGUAUCUUUUUACUCAAUAUAACAUAUAGCUAUCAGUAUUCAUUAUGUAGUAGAUCCUAACAAAAUCAUAUCAUAUAUUAAAAUUUUCAUUAUAUAAUGAUAUCUUACCUUUAUUUCUAAAAUAAUUUGUAAAAGACACAUAUAGAAACCAUGUUGAUUUUUCUUGUUACUCUCAGUUUUGUACCCUGAAAAAACACCAGAUUAGGAACUUAAUUUCUAAUCUUGGCCCUGUUGGGCAGAUUACUCUAAUUUUUCAAACUUUAGUUAUUUAAUCUUUUAAUCGUUCUCCCACAAUUCUGAGAGCCUUUCAGCCCCACUUCACAGAGCUGUUACGAGAACCAGAGAAGAAUAAAAUAUUUGGGAAGUGUGAUAUGCAUAGUGAGUAUACUUAAUAUUGCCAAGCUUUCAUAUAAAAUUGAUAGUAAACAGCAUAUUCAAUCAAAGUUGAUUAUUACUUGGGCAGCUUUCAAGAUGUAGAAGUUUGAUUUACCCCAUUUAAGAUAAUGUUAUUUCUAAGCCCCCUUUCUUAACAUAUAGGCUUUUGAGAUCACAAAAUGAACAAGAAUAAUAAUAUGAUACAGACUGUUAGAAUCAAGCAUCAAAGGCUUAAGCCAGGUGGUUAAGAAGAGAAAUAAAAUCUUAUGGAACAAAAAGUUGAGAUUUAUAACCAGUUUAGAUAUGUAGAAGCUUUACUAACUUAAACUGGCCAAGUUGAAUGAAAAGAGACAAAUAACAGGAAGAUAUGGGUAUUUGUUUAACUUAACAAGAAGCUUUGUGCUGUUUGAAUAUAAAUGCAUCAAUGUAAAUGAUUUAAAGCAACUUAAACAGUAAACAAGAUUACAGUCAGAGGGGACUCAAACCAAAUAAAGUGAGUCAAAAGAAUCAGAAUCCUAGACAACAGAGAUGAAUACUGAAGCAUUCUUGCAUUAAUUUGUCAUUCUGAUUUUAAUCAGAUGUGUCCCAGAUGCUGUUUUAGAGAGAAAGGGAUGAAGAGAUCAGAUGAGGUCUCUGCUCUCUGGGAAUGUGUGGUGUUUUACGGCCAUAAGCAGGAGAUCAAACAGACAAUCAAAUCAACAAGUCAAGUGUGAUGAAAUCAGUACAACAGGGUGGUGAUGUAAUAAAGUAUGUUGGGGUCCCAAGGCCCCUCUGCCUAGGCCUAGGGGUAUUCCCAGAUUGUGGGUCUCUAGAGUGUGCAAAUAGCAAAAGCUGCAAUAAGACACUGCAAUCCCCAGAAGGCUUGGAGUAACACUAGACCCAGGCACACACUGAGACCCUAAUGUGCACUGAGAUACACCCUGUUGGGAGAAGAAUCUCUAGAAAGGUGAAAAAUCAGAAUGACUGAUGGAAGCUUUGUUCUUAAGUUGGAAGAUGUUUUUAAUUCUACUGAUUAUAUAACUUAAAAUAAGAAAUAUAUCUAGUAUUGAACUUGUUUGCUUUGAAACUUUAUAAUGCCCUGGAUAGAAGCUUUAAUUUCAUUUUUUAAAAGUGAUAAAUGUCCAUAUAGCAAACACCGUUCAUGAUAUAUAAUGUUUAUAUAAUGUAUAACAAAGAGGUGUUCUGUUUGGCUUCAGAAGUAUACUGUAAUUACUAACACAGAUGUAUACUAAGGAAAUCCUGGCCCACUCAUGGUCUGAAAAUAUUUAAUAGCGUGUCAUCUUUGCAUAUAUGUACAGGAUAUACUAACUAUACUUUCAAUUUUGAGAUUUGGCUUAUUGUAGAUUAAGGUAUUUCAAAAAGCAUUAAAGAUAUGAUGUAGUUAAAGAAA